GCGAGGAGGAGGCGGAGUUGGCGGAGAGAGAAAGCGAAGGCGGCCAGGAGAGAAAGCGGAGGCACAAAAGGACUCGCAGCCUCGGAAGGAGCCCGAGCCAGGCAGCGGCUGCAAAGGGCAGCCUGCCCAGAGAGGCCACUUUUGGAGCGGGAGGCGCGCAAACACCCCCAGGAAGGAGGGAGGGAGGGAGCAGAGCUUGCUGCAAGGGAGUUCCCUCCUCGCCUGGAUUGUCUCCUCACAAGAGAAGGGAACGGGGAGGAAAAGAAACCCCGGGGAGCCCAAGCAAGAGAGGAAACCGGGCAACGGAGAAGCCCAGUCUACCUAAGGCUGGACUUCCUUUUUUUUUUCUUCUCUUUCUCCCCAGGCGCCUAACCUUCCCUUUCUGGACCGCUCUCCAACUUCUCAACUCUCAGCCCUGAGGUUUGGAGAGGGAAAGGAGGGAAAGAAAGAGGAAUAGCAUUGGAAGACCUUGUUUUGAGGGGGGAAGGGGGGAUUUCUCUCUCCGUUCCAGAGGAAAUAUUGUAAAGUCCCAAGGAAUUCUCCUCCUACUGCUUUGCUUACAUGAGGCUCCUUCUUUGCCCCUCUCUGGAUUGUCUGUAUACUUUUAAAUAUAUACACGAACCGACCAAGAAAUACGGGAGCCCCCAAGAGAUGCUGCUGCUUCUUUGUUCAGGGAAUGUGUUUUCAGAAAACAUUGGCUGUGAAAGGGUCCAGACAGGAGAAAUAAAUUCCAUCGACACACACCAAGUGGUUGGCUCAGCUUGAAAGUGCUUCCAUGAGUUAACACUGGGCUGAGAUCUACCCUUCAUUCCCUGCAGCCAAGCCAUCUGCAGCUGAACAAUGGGCCAAAAAAUCUCAGGGAGCAUAAAGUCUGUUGAUGUGCGGGAGCCCCCUUACAGACCGGUCAAACGAGAACUCAGGGGACCAGAUUUCUGCAAACCUGCACGGCUGGAUAUGCUGCUGGAUAUGCCACCAGUCCAUUUGGAGGUUCAGUACAAACAUGCUUGGAACAACGAAGAUCGAUCCUUAAAUAUAUUUGUGAAGGAAGAUGACAAAUUAACGUUUCAUAGACAUCCAGUUGCCCAAAGCACCGAUUGCAUUCGGGGUAAAGUUGGCUAUACCAGGGGCCUGCACGUUUGGCAGAUUCACUGGCCUACUAGGCAACGAGGAACUCAUGCAGUGGUUGGAGUGGCAACAGCAGAGGCUCCUUUACAUUCUGUAGGAUAUACUUCAUUGGUUGGCAGCAAUAACGAGUCAUGGGGCUGGGACCUUGGACGUAACAAACUUUAUCACAACUGUAAAAACCAGCCUGGAGCAACAUAUCCUGUAUUUUUGGAACCAGAUGAGUCUUUUGUACUCCCAGACUCCUUACUGGUAGUUUUGGAUAUGGAUGAAGGGACGCUUAGUUUCAUUGUGGAUGGACAGUACCUUGGAGUGGCCUUUAGGGGUCUAAAAGGGAAAAAACUCUAUCCAGUAGUCAGCGCAGUUUGGGGACACUGUGAAAUUACAAUGAGAUACGUCAAUGGACUUGAUCCGGAACCGCUGCCUUUAAUGGACCUGUGCCGAAGAUCAAUUCGCUUCGCUUUGGGCAGAGAACGCCUGCAUGAUAUAGAAAUUCUACCUUUGCCUCAGUCUCUGAAAAAUUAUUUACAAUAUCAGUAAUAUGAUUCUAGCUCCUUAAAUGGUAGAAAUUGUUUACAAUGGAAUAUAAAUCUUCGUGGUGGAUUUUUUUGGAGUGUUAUUUAAUUAUUAUUAUUUUUUACAUUUUUUUAAAAACCAACCAUGGCAGAACAUUAUGGAGACUACUAAGGAAUGUGAAAGCCCUUUUAAUUAGUUUAAAUACUUUCAUUGAAAUAAUUAUUGCCUACACUGUUAGCAGCCUUGUUAUAAAGAACCCAAAGCUUGUCUUCACAGGUCAGAUCCAAAGUUCAAGUGCAUGUUUGCCUAGAUCUGACAUUGGGCAUGCACCAGAUAAACAGACCCCUACCCAAAAAAGCAGCCCUUAUGGAAGAAAACCCCCACAACUCUUAGUGCAGGUUGCUGUAUGGUGAGUGAAAUAGCCACUUUUUGUGGUUCUCAAAUACAAGAAUCAAAACUCUACAAGAAGAUAGAAUUGGUAUAUAUAGAAAGUCAUUGCAAUUCCUAUACAUGUUAGCUAUGAACCAAAGUGCUUUACACAUAGGGGCUGCUUGUUCUCAUUUGUGAAGGAUAAUGCUCCAGUGUGCACACUGGAUUCUCAUGUGCACCAUAGAAAGGAAUGGGAAAACAUUGUGCCCAGGGAGCAUUUGGAGCUGCAUUGGAACUGCUAGUUCGUGGCCUUUACUUUUAGGUGCUCAGGUUUUGUUUCCAGAAAAUCCAGCUUCAUGGUACAUCAUCUGCCAUAUUUUAAAUUGUGUUAUAGAAAAGCUGUGUCUUGAUUAUAAAAGUAGUUGAUCAUCUCCUUUUCCAAAGUAACUUGGCUCAGUCUGAAAACCAGUUAAGCUGAAGUACCUUCUUAAACAUUUUGUUCCCCUUAUUACUUCAGCAGAAUGGCAUUGUCUCAAAUGUAUGUUCUCAAGCUUAAUUUGUUGCUGAUUAGGCUGUGUAUCUGUUCGUAUUCAAGUUUCUCAAGCUCAUUUUUUCACCCUCAGACACCAUGCCACUUUUUAACUCUGAAUAAAUACUAUGUGUACUUCAUGAACUCCAAAUACUGUUUUUAAUUGGACAUAACGAGUGUUCCACAUUCUCAUUGAACAGGCAGAAAUAUUUUUCCAGUCCUGCAGGAUAUCUUUACCUGCCCAAACUAUCAAUUGUCCCAUAUUCUCCUUGGUUAAUGUUCACACAAACAGAUAUACAUAACUCUUAUAUUCAAGUAUGUAUCUUGGAUAUUCACACAUAUAGACAUACAGAUGUACAGAACUCACCAUGCAUGGAGUUCUCCAACAUGAAUAUGUAUAUCUGGCAGGAGUGGCAGAUAGAUUCUAUAUAAGUGGAGCUGUGAAUCUGCUCCGCUGAGUCAGUUGAUUUUAUUUUCAUUUUGGGAACAUGGUUCCACACCUUGAUAUACAAGAGAAGUCAUUCUUAUGUAUGUGUAAUGCAUAUUCAUCAGGAGAGGAGGAAGAAGCACAUAGUUAAAGCACUCAAUAAGAUUAACUCAUAGAAUUCCCUUCUACACAUGUUAAUUGAGCACAUGGGAAGAAUUCAUAAUGCCCUUACAAUGUUUUAACUACCCAAAAUAUGUAGAACCUCCCAUAUUUUUUUAAAAAAAUGGAACUUGCAUCACCUUAGAGAUUGCAAGAAAGAAGUUGGUUGCAUAAGCUUUCAUAUACUGAAUCUAUUAUCACAAAUACUUCUGAGGCAGUAGACUAGGGACCUCUUCACACAAGCUUCUUUUUGGCUCUGGAGGCCAUGGAGCCCGUCGGCUCCCAUCACACCCAUUAAAAGUACUUCUGAGGUGGCUCUGUGGCUGAACUGGACCCCCCCCCCCCACACGCUGCUACUGAAAAUAAGCCAGCGGCGAACAACGGGAGGCUCCCUGUCUUUCCAUUAGAUUGGUCAAACUGGCUUUAGGAGGAUUUCCUCCAUGUGAUAAGGAGGUAGGGGGGAAGCUGGGACGGUGCAGGAUACAGGGCAACAGAUCUCCACACCUCCAGGGCAGGCACCACUGGGAACACCACAAUCCGUGGCGAUACUGAAUGAGUCCAGUUGUGUGUGUGAAGAAGUACUUAAAGUCUUUGAAAUCAGUUUAGGCCACCAAUUCCUUUCUUUCAAUUAAGUAUCCUAAGGUGCUACAAGAUCCUUUGGACAUUUAUAUUCCAAACUAACAUGGCUAUGCUUUUGAAUUUGUCUCCCAUAUUUUAAAUUCUUCAUUCUCCGGGGGGGGGGGGGAGAGAGAGAAUUCCUUCCCUCUCCAGUUACUGUUGGUAGUCAUUCAUAAAGAUCAACUUAUUUUUUAAAGACACUGCUUUCUUUUUGCAUUUCCUGCUAUGUUCAAAAUUCUCUGCCUGAUCAGUUAUCUAGUUUUUAACUGGAAGUUGUUGUAAUGGCAGGAUGUCGAAUGUUUAGACUGAGCUGCCUUCAGCCUAUUUUAAUGUGAAUUUACCGAAGAAUGAAGACGUUUCUAAUAAAGUCUACUGUUCAAACUGU